ACUGCGUAUAGGGUGUGUAAACGGUAGUGUAGGCUUGUUGUGAGAAAGCGGAAUUAACAAACUAGAGAGAGCAAUCUUAAUAGCUAGCAGAGCAGAGACCAUCAUAAGUUAACUUUGCUGCAAGUACGUCGUUUGGCUCCUGACAGGGCGUGGUAAACCGUGAGCAUAUUUUAGCAUAGCUAAACGGGGGAGUUAACACUACGGCAGCUAUAGCUAGCUAGUCUAGCUAAUUUCAGAUAAUUUACCCGCCGCGUAACGAUAAUAUCUGCCAAUUCACUGGCUUGCAAAGUGAUUGUUCUUUUAAUUUAUCGAUAACAAUCUUAGAUAGCUAUCUUAAAAUUAAAUAAUUAGCUAGUAGCUAGCGUUAAAGUUGGCUACAUCGACUUGAACUGGAGAAAUAUGCCGAGGUUUGGGGAUUUGUGCUCAUUUUUGGUGUCGACCUUGUGCCUGUGCCUUCUACUUGCUGAUUGUGUGAAAGGACAAUGCCAGGUACCUUUGUUGAAGCCUGGCAUAGAAUUAACCGAUGAGAGCGCUGGAAUGGACAUUUUUCCCGAAGGAUCAAGUGUUACUCUCCAGUGCGGUACAGGAUAUUCAAAAACCAGUGGGAGUGGAGUUAUAAAUUGCGCAAAUGGAGUAUGGAUCGAUGAAACACUUCAAUGCCAAAAAAAAUCGUGUGGCUCACCUGGGGAGUUGUUAAAUGGGAAAUUUACCACCCCAGACGGAACGGAUUUUGGUGCGACCGCUCAUGCUUCUUGUAACCGUGGCUUUGUCUUGAUUGGAACGGCCUAUAGGCAGUGUUAUGAUUCAGGUUGGACUAAUCGCAUUCCUCUAUGUGAAGUUGUGAAAUGUGGAGAUCCUCCUAAAAUUGACAAUGGAAAAAUCACCAGUCUUCCUUCCGGCGAAUUGUAUGUAUUCAGAGAAAUUGUACCCUACACCUGUGACAAAAACUUCAACCUUGUUGGAGACUCACAGCUUGUAUGUAAUGAAGAUGGUAAAUACAAUGGGACUGUCCCUGAGUGUAAAGGUUUGAACUGUCCGACUCCAAUAAUUGAGCAUGCUGAUCGGAUUGAAGGAGGUCCACCACCCUACAAGCUGAAAUACUUUGUAGUCUAUAAAUGCAGAGAUGGCUAUGAAAUGAAGGGUGAGAGGAAGCUAGUGUGUGAAGCAAACGGGUGGUCGUCUGACUUUCCAACCUGUGUUGAAGUUCCUUCAACAACGAAACCCACCAUUACAAAACCAGGUGUUCCAACACCACCAGCAACAGGGAAACCCACCCCUCCAAAACCAGGCACAAAUUUGACGUGGCUGUGGGUUGUUCUUGGAAUACUAUUUGCUCUGGCACUGGCAGCUUGUGGAUGCUGGAAAUACAUUGGCAUGAAGAAAAAAUGUGAAUACUACACAGGAGAAGAUGGGCAGAUGGACAAGUUUGACCCAUUAAGCUCCAAAGCCCAAACAAAUUGCCAUUGAAUUGCUGAAGUGCAAAGGAGCCGACUGAGUAUUUGUGAGCAUCGCCCCUGCAACAGCGCCCUUCCUGGUGGAAGACUGCCCCUUUCCCAUCCUCUGUCCCUGGCUGCCAUGUUGAGAGGAUUAUUCGCUUAGCAAUUGGCCACAAAAAAAAAAAAAAACACUGAAAGUGGUCUUUUUUUAUGUUAUGCUGAUGUUUUGCCGCCCCCACAUAAUCUUAAAACGGAUUGGCCGUCAAAGCUUCAUUUCAGAAUGUAUAGCGUCCUUGGCUUUGACAUCACUAAGUCUUGCGAAUCUUUUAGGAUGAGUCCUGUGUAUUUGUAUGUGAAGAACCAAAAUGAAUAAUUGUGGAUUGUCGCUGAGAAUACUGAUUUAUUGCACCACUCGCAAUUCUAUAUAUACUGAAUCACCACUUGAUUACACCAUUAUUCAUUAGACUUAUAUUGUGACUCAAUGUGUUGUAUGUUCAGAGAUGCUGUUCUGCACACUACUGUUUUAACGUUUAACUCAGUGGAUGUUUUUUUGUUUUUCGCACCUUUCUCUAUAAAUUAGGGACUGUUGUUGUGAAAAUCCCAGGAGAUCUGCAGUUUCUGAGAUCCUCAAACCACCCUGUCUGGCACCACACUUAAGUCAAUUAGAUCACAUUUCUUCCCUAUUCUGAUGUUUUGUCUAAACAACAACAGAAUAUCUCUUGACCAAUGAUUGACUAAUUAGAUAUUUGCAUUAACGAGUUGGUGUGGAGGUCUAUUAAAGUGUUCACUGAGUGUAUAAUUUCCUUGGUCAAAUGCUCCCUUUAACAAACUUUCUGCCACUAGAUUCACUUAUAUUUAUUGAGAUGUAAUUGCACUUCCCUUAAAGGUACAGUAGGUAAGAUUUUUGUGUUAACUUUGUUUCAAGACCAUUGUAAAUCCCUUCAUAUCAUUGAAAAAGCCUCACUGACAUGUUGACUCACCCUCUGCCUGUGUUUAUAGUACAUGUAUUUGGGUUUCAAAAUAUGCAGUUUAUGGGCCGGCAAUCUGUACCAAAACAUUGUAUAGCUGUACAAUAAUUUUCGCUCAUUGGUUAAAAAUUGGUUGUAAUUGCCACAGCCGAUGGCGUUUUAAAGUCAGCGUGUUCACAGAAGGGAUGGGAUAAACAGUGGUGUGGUUUGAGCCUGUUUGUUGCUGCAAUUCCUCUCUUGACCGUUAGAAUUCUGAAAUUACCUAUUGUGCCUUUAAGUAUGCUUUGUGUUAGCAUAACUUCUACUAGUUUUUUUUUAUUUUAUUAGAAUUUUUUUUUUUACCUUUCUACUCGGCUAAGUGCCACGUGGUGUGUAUUUAUUUUAUGACUUGACUGUUUUGAGUGAAUGUACACAUGUAAGAUUCAGCACCCCCUAAGUGUCCUCAUAUUGUUUCCUGAGAGGGAAAGCAACGGGAGUCCUUUGUAGUGCCAUAAAUUUAAGAGAAGUAUAACAGUGACAUGAUGUUUAAAAAAUUAAACCCAUGUACCGUGUAUGCUUGUCUAGUCAUUGGGCCCAGAAAGUUAGCAAAUGAUAACAAUGAGACAUAAUUGACUGUUGGUUUGGCUUGUGAAAGGGACAGUUAUAAAUAAGUUCGAAAUAUUGUAGUGUAAGUGAUGUAAAUGUUAAAUAAACUAUUUUAGGCUUUUUGAAAA